UCCUUCUUCAAGUUUGUCAUUGAAUUAAAAUCCUGGUUCUCAAUUUUAUACCAAGAGCAAAAUGUUAUUCUUUUAUUGCAUAUUUCCAACAAAAAAGAAAAGUAUAAAAAUUUACUGUAACAAUCGGUUUAUUUGUUAUUGAAAAAAAAAAGAGUUUUCAUUUUCAGCCAAUUAUUGACUCUAUUAAGUGAUGAACAAACCAAAAACUUAUUCAAGUUCCACUCCGCCGAGAAAGGAAGAGGUUAACUCUGUCAGCCAAAGUGAACUCUUGCUGAGAUUCUCAGAAAGUAAGCGGAAUGCUACUUAUGAUUCAUUAACUGCUCACAAAUUUUGGACUCACGGAAACCCAAAAUCGUCAAUUUUGGGCGGCGGAUUCCCUAGUGCAGCGAAUAUAGCGCCUAAUAUCCAGGAGUUCUCUCACAGCACCUUGGAAAGCUCAAUAGCGUUAAGUUUGAAGAGUUUUAUGCCAUCAAAAUACAACGAAUCUUCUCAACACUGGAAAAACCGAAUUGAAGAAAAGAGAAAACAGUUUUUCGAGGGCAAAAAAGACGUAGACCAAGAAAACUUCGAACAAAAUUGUUCUGAAUAUCAGGAUUACCAUAGCUCCCAGGAAACAAUUGUCGACACUUCACACUCUGAUGAAUCUCUACUUAGAUUUGGGGCCUCGGAUAUCAAUGAACACGAACCACGUGACCAACACAACAGAAAGCAUGAAACUUUGAACCCAAGAUACGCUGAAGUGUUCAAUAGUAACCAUACAAGCGUCAACUAUUAUGCAGAAAAUCAGCCAGAUGCAGAUUACGACUCAACAAAAGCUCGCAAACGUAUAACAGACGCAAAAUCAUGCCCACAAACAGAUUCGACACCGCAGAGAAAGGAAGUGGCCAACUCUGUCAGCCAAAGUGACCUCUCGCUAAAGUUCUCAGAAAAAAAGCGGAAUGCAACUUUUGACUCAUUAACAGCUCACGAAAAGUCCAAAUCAUCAUACUUGGGAGGAGGGUUCACUAAUGCAGCAAAUUUAGCGCCCGAUUUCAAGGAUUUUUCCAACAGUAGCUCGGAAAGUUCGAUCGCGUUAAGCGUAAACAGUUUUAAGCCAUCAAAAAACAGCGGCUCUUCUCAACACUGGAAAACCAAAAUCGAAAAAAAGAGAAGACAGUUUUUCGAGGGUAAAGUAGACGUGGACCAAGAAGGCCUCAAAAAGUACUGUUCUGAAUAUGAGGAUGACGAGAACUUCCAGGAAACACUUGUAAACACUUUACACUUUGACGAACCUCCUCUUGGACUUUUAGACUCGGAUUUCAAUGGAGAAGAACCACGUGGACAAAGAAGCAGGAGGCGUGGAACAUUCGAGCCAAGAUGCGUUGAAGUGAUCAAAAACAACAAUACAAAAACACAGCCUAAUGAAGGCCAGGUAAAAUUCAAUUCAAUUACAAGCGCUAUUGAAGAGAAGUUUCCGUCGUCUCGCACCCUUCCUCGACAAAACAAGUCGUCAAAACAACUUCCAAAACCAAAACAUGAGUCUUUCGUUGAGCCGAGCAACGCUCGGAGACUCUCCGAUGACUCGACUCAAUCAGCUCGAAGUGGCGAAAUACAAAUUCGCUCUCAAAAUUUGGGGAUGAAAAAUAACAGUGGUUAUGCCAACGCCUUGCCGAAUUACGAAUCUAAUCGGGGCCAAAAUGCAGUCGGGAUGUCGACCUUCCGCGGAAUAACUCCGAAAAGCAUCUCGCGAUUCAACAGCAACUGGACGGUUGAUUCAUUUAACUGCAGCACCUCAACUCUGAAUCAUUCGCCAAAUGGUGCCAAGGAGAACUCCAUUGCAGAUAGUGGAAUAUCUUGCAAUAAUUCGGACCAACCUAGUCCGGUGCGACGAACCCUACAAAAUCUCCGAGCAGCUUGGACACCAUUGCACAGUAGCUCCAGCGGUCCAGUCUUGUCGUCGAAGUCAGAAUCAUUCACGUAUAAACACCCUGAUAGCGCACACAGUGUAUAUAUAUCAAAUUAUACUUCAGAAAACAACGGCUAUGCAACAAGCGGCAACUCUCGAAAUGCUAAUCCAAGAAGCAACUCCAUGGUUAGCCGUUUCAGGACCAAGAACCCGGUAGAUUCAGCUGGAACCUCGCCAGGUUAUGCAACAGAAGGAGGUUACGUAACACCUGUUGCGUCAAGAAAUUACAUGAGAAGCAACGACGUGAUUGAUGCUGCUGCCGUAAUCAGCGAUGACAUAAUAGAUGGCGGUAACGGAAGUAGUGAAUUGAUCGAUGAAGAUGAUCUGCUGGAGUUCAUUAUGGCGGAGGCCGAGACGAAGGCGGUCAACUCAAUCCGAAGAAAGUCAACUGGCCGACAAAGUUUCCAAUCCGCCAUGAUGCUACUGGAUUUGAACAGCUAUGGUCAAGAAAUGAAUUCUGGACCAUUUGAAGAAAAAUACGCAGAUGUGCGAGGGAGUCACUUAGACAAUCUCUCAAGCCCUCAGCCUACUGGGUCAACUUAUGAUCAUCAAAAAUCGUCAGAUGUUUUGAUGUCGCGAAUGAAAGCCACUGAUGUUUCAACGGAACCGAGCGAUGAAAUCAAUUUCCCAAAUCAAUCAUCUUCACUUUGCUUUAACUGCGAUUUCUGCAGGGAAAAAAUGAAGAUUAAAAGCAAAAGCAAGCUGAUGAAAAUUAACCAUCCAUUUACUCAACAACAGAACGCGAAGCUGGUGUUCUUACUAACUUUCACGAAAGAGUUUCUACAAAUGAGCGGAAAAAUUCAGAAGUUGAGGUCAAAACAUCCAUCUUGUGGUGUUUAUAAAUGCCCUAUUAACCCAAGGGAGAUCUUGUUAUCAGUCACGAAAGAAAUCACCAGUGCUAAACUUGGCCAGCGGCUGAAAAAUGGGAAGAAAACUAUUGACGAGGAGGAUGACAUAUUCGAAGCGCAAACAGCAGCAAACAAUCCGGUUUCGUUCCAACUCCGAUUAUCCAAACAUGGGUUGAACGAAGCUCAGAAGAUGCCUUUGGAAACCUUCUGCUUGAUUGAAAUUAUGCCGGACGAACGCAAACUUCGCCAAACUUCAUUCGAGUCCAAAAGUGUCGCCAGAAUAUCUGAUUUGCCGUUUUCGGCGGCAUCAAGUAAUGCCCAUGUAUUUCCUCUGAUUCUGUACGACCAUCAAUUUCCAACCUUUUUUGACCAUUAUGUGCGUGGUAUCAACAUUCCCAGUCAUGCAUUUUUGAAUAAAGCGAUUUGCAGUGUUAUUUCGAGGAGAAUUUUUGACUAUCGCAAAGAAGCUCCCGCAAGCAAAUAAGUUCCAGCUUCGCUGCUAUAAACUGGGUAAUUGGAACGGCGAUAUUCUAUGCCAGAUUUUCCUAACUGUAGAAUGCUCUUUCGAAUAGUUUUCAAUGUUUCUUUUUUUCUUCCAACCUUUCAAAUUCUUAACUUCAACUCAACUCGGAUUGGCCUAUUCUAAUGAAUGCUUUAAAUUGAUCUAUAGUGUCGUAAUAAAGUUUUUUUUACCAAUAAGUAUUCAAGAAUGAUCAAUAUUUUGUGUUUUC